GUUUGAUUGAACACGUUGUCGGAACUGACGCUGAGCUCCUUGGCCGGAAACUAAACAAGGAAUUCGGAUUUGAACGAUCUUACGUGUCAUUCCCAGAGUCUCAAAUCUGCUGGACGGUUUUGGUGAUCAACAUCGCAGCUGGUUGCUGAGCAUUGAUGAGCUGUGGUCACUUUGGUAGCUGUUGCUAACGGCAAAAGCAUGAAGGCUUUGAUCCUGGUCGGAGGUUAUGGAACGCGGCUGAGACCGCUCACCCUCAGUGUCCCCAAACCUCUGGUUGACUUCUGCAACAAACCCAUCCUACUGCACCAGGUGGAGGCGCUGGUGAAGGCGGGGGUGGACCAUGUGAUUCUGGCGGUGAGCUACAUGUCUGAGCUGCUGGAGAGAGAGAUGAGAGUCCAGGAGGAGAGACUUGGGAUUCAUAUCUCUCUGUCUCAUGAGAAGGAGCCUCUGGGCACAGCCGGCCCCCUGGCUUUGGCUCGAGAGCUUCUGAACGUCGACAACGAGCCGUUCUUCGUCCUGAACUCAGACGUCAUCUGUGACUUUCCGUUCAAAGACCUGCUGCAGUUCCACUGCAACCACGGCAAAGAGGGAACCAUCGUGGUAACACGAGUGGAGGAGCCCUCCAAAUACGGUGUGGUGGUGUUUGAGGCGGACAGCGGCAGGAUACAUCGCUUUGUGGAGAAACCACAGGUCUUUGUCUCAAACAAGAUCAACGCCGGCAUCUACAUCUUUAAUCCCAGCAUGCUCAGCAGGAUCCAGCUAAGACCAACAUCUAUAGAGAAAGAGAUAUUUCCUGUCAUGGCAGAGGAGGGGCAGCUGUACACGAUGGAGCUACAAGGUUUCUGGAUGGACAUUGGUCAGCCUAAAGACUUCCUCACAGGGAUGUGUAUGUACCUUCAGUCAGUACGGCAACAUGCUCCUGAGAGGCUCCGCACAGGGCCCGGUUUCCUUGGCAACGUUCUCGUGGACCCCACAGCGCAGAUUGGGGAGAACUGCACUAUCGGACCGAACGUCACCAUCGGUGCAGGGGUGGUGGUGGAGGACGGUGUGAGGAUAAAGCGCUGCACGGUGAUGAAGGGAGCGCGAGUUCGAUCGCACUCCUGGCUGGAGAGCUGCAUCGUUGGGUGGAGCUCCUCUGUGGGCCAGUGGGUCCGUAUGGAGAACGUGACUGUGCUGGGGGAGGAUGUGAUCGUCAACGACGAGCUUUACCUGAAUGGUGCAAACGUGCUGCCUCACAAAUCCAUCAACGAGUCGGUCCCAGAGCCGCGGAUCAUCAUGUAGCGGAGGGUGGAAGAGAAAAGACCAGCGCCUUUCUUUUUUAUACGAACUCGGCUGACACCCGAGAGAGAGAAAGAUGGACAGAGGGGUUGAGGAAAGAAGAAGGAGACAAAAGACAUCAAAAAGUUUAUUUCAUUUGGACUAUUUAGCCCUGCUUGGCUGCACCGUCCAUCAAUAAGAAACAAUAGCGUACGCAUGAUCGGAGACGCUAAUGUCCUGAAUGUGGCCUAGUAAAGGUCUUGCGUGAACACUGACAUAGAGGGCGGGAAAUUAACACCAAUUGCAGAGCAAAGUUUCACUUGACCGUGGGAUCAGUUGUCUAGUUAUUAUAGUGGUACGAACCCAAAAUAAAAUGUACUUACUUAUUGUUAAAUUGCAGUAAACAGAUCGAAAGGUUACUGAAAUAAUUAGAUUAUGACGCCAAACAACUCUGCUCAUAUUCACGUCGCUAUCGACGAUAAUCGAGCCACAGGAAAGAUUUGCUUUGCGUUUGAUGUGUUAGAGCUACGGGGAUGAUAUUUUUGUGAUUGUCCAUCAAAAGGUGGAGGGAUUACUGUGAAGUGUAUUCGGGGUGGGGGGGAGCGGGUUGGAGUGCGAUAUGAACAUUGCUGUUUUACCUUCACUAUGCAUUAACAUUUCCUGGGUGAACAGGCACUGAAGGAUCCUACUAAAUGUUUCUCUGCUGUUGCAGCGACUGGAAUUAUCACUGACACUGAAAAUGCAGUAUAAGUUGUAGUUCAUCCAUUAUUACAGUAAAAGGGAUAGUUUGUUUUUAAACCGGGUUAUGAGGUACCUAGCCAUAGUCAGUGUAAUACAUAAAGUAAAUGGCAGUGGCAGUUUGGAAAAACAAACAGAAGCAACAGAACAGAGGUAAAAAAAAAAGGCUCUUUAAUUUUCUGUCAGGGAAAUGAAGCUGCAACCAGACUCCAUAUUUUACAUUGCAGAACAUGGGAGUUGCUGGUCAACUGUUGCUUCAAUAGUUUAGUUUGUUUGUGUUGUUUUAGAAUUAACCCUAUAAAACACCUACGUUACAUAAUAACACAAACAAUCUAUUUUUGUUUGUUACUCUUUGGAAGAAGCUGUCUGGCUGCAAGGUCGAGCAGUGAGUAUAUUCUUAAAAUGGAUACACAUUAACUGAUUUCACUUUGUGACCAAAAUAAGUUUUCCGAAUGCCCUCGUCCACAGCAGUAAAUUGCACAUCCAGCAGACACAGAGGGACAUUAUCCAAUGUUAAUGAAAAUAAAAUAUAAAGUUUCAAGGCAGCGGUUUCUCUUACUCAAAUGAAGGGAAUAAAUGAGCCCCACUCAUAUUCUUUUCACCUAGGGUUGUAACGGCGUAAGAUUUUGAAAGUAUAAUAUAGUCAAACAUUAUGGCAUCUCAUUCAAAUGAGUUUUUUACAUUUUUUACACUGACCCUUUUAAAGAAUAGGACCUGAAUUAUAAACCUGAUUUUAAAAAACAAACAAAUCCUACCUCUUUUAUGUUAAAUGAAAUGUAAAGCCCUUUUUGCUGCGUUCUGUUCAUGUACAGUGGAGGAAAUAAGUAUUUGAUCCCAUGCCAAUUUAGUUAGUUUACCUACUUACAAAGAACUGAACAGUCUGUAAUUUAUAUGGUAGGUUUAUUUUAACGGUGAGAGACAGAAUAUCAAAAACAAAAUCCAGAAAUGUACAUAAACAUUAAAAAAAUAAAUAAUCUGCUUUUAAUUGGGGGAAAUAAGUAUUUGGUCCCCUUGCAAAACAUGACAUAGGGGAAAAAGGUUAUCAGCCAAUAUUUUACGAUACAUGGCCCCCUCCACCAUCCCCUCGAUGCAGUGAACCGCCCUGUCCCCUUAGCAGAGAAACCCCCCAAAGCAUCAUGUUUCCACCUCCAUGCUUGAUGCUGGGGAUGGUGUUCUUGGGGUCAUAGGCAGCAUUUCUCUUCCUCCAAACUCAACAUGUCGAGUUGAUGCCAAAGAUCUUGAUUUUGGUCUCAUCUGACCACAGCACCUUCUCAUAAGACUUCUCUGAAUCAUUCAGAGGAUCACUGGCAGACUUCAGACAGCCUGUACAUGUGCCUUCUUGAGCAGGAACGCUGCAGGAUUUUAAUGCAUUAUGGUCAGUGUGUUACCAAUAGUUUUCUUGGUGACUGUGGUCCAAGCUGCAUUCAGAUCAUUAACCUCUCCAGAUGUGGAGAGGUUGUAAUCUGAUUUAUUGACUGUGGACAGUUGUCUUUUAUCCAGGUGGUAACAAGUUGACAUCAGAAGUACUUUCUUAAAGCGAGAGAACUUAUUUAACCGGUCCUUGGGAGCCAGAAUUCUUGUUGGUUGCAAGGGGAUCAAAAACUUAUUUCCCCCAAUUAAACGCAAAUCAAUUUAUAUAUAUUUUUUAAUGUACAUUUCUGGAUUUAUUUUUGAUACUUUCUCUCACUGUUAAAAUAAACCUACCAUAAAAAUGUGGGUUCAUUUUCUUUGUAAGUUUUCAAGUUUCACCACUUACAAAGAUAAGUAUUUGAUCCCCUGCCAAUUUAGAUAGUUUAACCGUUAAACUAACUAAAUUGGCAGGGGAUCAAAAACUGUUUCCUCCACUGUAAAGUUAGUGUAUGAAUAAAGUUAAUUAGUUCCUAAUUCUAAAACUGAAGCACCCUAUUCUGCUAAAUUUUAGCAUGUUCAAUUAAAACUAAGAAAUGAAAAGUGACAUCAGCUUAAAGCUUAAUAAUGCCCUUAUAUUAUUUUAAAUUAACAUAUUUUGUAUGUGUGUACCUUCUGUGUAACUCUCACACCUAAAAGUAAUUUAUUUUCAAUACUGGAUAAAAGCAAAUGUACACAAUUUUGAUAAAUUGGUCAACUCGAAUACCAUAAUACAUUUACAACCCUAGUGUCAUCCUUAAAAACUACAUUUGAACAUUCAAGAAGGACAUAUUGAUAGACGCGUAUUGUUAAAACAACUGGUUAAACCUCUACAGUUCAAUGUUUCUGAAGCUCAUCAUCAAUACAGGCGGCCAUGUUUUUGUCACCAAGUUCUUCAUUUGACUUGUCAAACUGCCCCGCCUCAGAUCUGACCCCUGAACAGAUGCAGUUCUUUUUUCAGUUGUUUUUCAGUUUUUCUGUAGUGAUGAACAGUUUAGGACACUGAACAUGUAAAGACGUUGCGUCUGAAUGAAUGAAGUCAACUCUUGUAAUGAAGUCUUUUUUAAAGAAAAUAAUAUAAACUACUGAUCACAUCUCA